AUGCUGCCCCCGGUAAACAAGAUGAAGAAGACCUUGCGGACGACACAUCGGUUGUGGCAAACACAGGAGAGGUCUCACCCCCAGCCAGAUACAUCAACUGGCUACCAUUCUCUUGUGUUGAUUGCAGAUCCUGAUUUCAAUGCCCCGAUCCUUGAGAAGCUCCAGAUCCCUCCAGAAGAUCCGUCGGAGAACCCAGCCAAGCUGUUCACCGCGAUGGAACUUUCGCAUUUGUCUAGUCACCUUGCAAUUACAGCCUCAGAGUUGGCUCGCAGUGCCCAACCUGCUGAAUUUGCGGACAUCUCAGAUAUAUCCGACUAG